AUGACGACCUACUCUACCACUUCGCCCGAGGAGUUCAGACUUCUUUGUAGAAAAGGAGAAUUUACAGGGGAUACUGCCGGAGCCUGUGCUGAAUAUGCUCAGGCAAAUCUCAUUGUCCUGCCGAAAAAGUACGCUAACGACUUUGUGAGUCUUUGUUACAGGAACAGCGCUCCAUGUCCGUUAUUAUGUCGGACUCCAGCUGGGAAUCCCAAGAAAGUGAACAGUACCAAGUUUUUCAAAAGUACGGAGGUUGACUUAAGUACAGAUUUCCCUUCAUAUUGCGUGUACGAGAAGGGUAUCUUGAAAGAGACCACAACUAGUAUUUCAAGUAUAUGGUCUGAGAAUCAUGUCGGAUUUCUGAUAGGGUGUUCAUACUCAUUUGAAAACGAUUUGGCAAGAAACGGGUUGAUUCCAAGACAUCAAACAUUAAAUCGGGGUGUUCCUGUUUACAAAACCAGCAAGUACCUGGAUCCUGCAGGCAUAUUUUCCAAAUGCACCUACGUUGUCAGUAUGAGGCCUUACAAAAAAUCCGAGCUUGAAAAAGUGAGAUCUAUUACUAGAAAGUUUGAAGAAACACAUGGAGAACCUGUUGAUUGGGGUUACGAUGGCGCGGAAAGAUUGGGAAUCAGGGAUUUAAUGCACCCUGAUUUUGGAGAUCGACCUGAAAUCCAUGAAGAUGAAAUUCCUGUUUUCUGGGGAUGCGGUGUUACACCACAGCUAUGUGUUAUGCAAAUGGGCGAUGCUAUAGAAGGAACUGUGAUGUCUCACAAAACUGGAAGUAUGCUUGUGAUGGAUAUCACGGGGGACAAUAUCAAAAAUUUGUAG